GUUUUUGCAGUUGAAGGGUCAAAAAAAUUAAAAUUCUAUAAAAAGCUAUCAAAAAUUGUUCAAAUUUAUUCAGAAUAAUUCAAAAAAUGAUGAAAAUUGUUUUCUCUCUCGUAUGCUUCAUGCUCUCACUGAGCAUCUCAACGUCAUCAACCAACCUCGCAUGCAAAUAUGAGACUACUAACUACUAUAAAUUCGGUAGCUUAUACCAUUGCAACAUAGUUACAGCUUUAUACAUAACAACUCAAGAAUCAGCACAAAUUGGAGCAAUCAGUGGAGUUCAUACAGCCUUAAAAACCAACGAUGACGUGGCUGGAAUUUAUUCUUAUGGAAAAACUAUUGAAUUAUUUCCGCGUGGGUUCGAGAAAGUCUUUAAAAAUAUUAAAGCUAUAACUUUGGGUUCCAGUAAAAUUAAGGAAAUUUAUCAAGAAGAUUUGAAGCCAUUUCCUAAGCUUGUUUACCUUUACAUCCCAUCAAGUGAUAUUGAAGUCCUUGAGGAAGGUUUAUUCGAUUUUAACCUAGAACUUCAAAUCCUUGGCAUCGAGGGAACCAAAGUCAACCACAUUGAUCCAAAUAUCUUCGAUAAAUUAACAAAAUUGGAUCAUUUUUGGUUCCAACAUGUCUCUUGUGCUGCUACUGACUACAUUUAUGGCUCUAGAACCAGAGUUGAAGAAGCUAUCAAGAAUGUCAAGACAAGGUGCAUUAGUAAUGAGUAUUUGGAACAUGAUGCUAAUAUUAAGGGCCUGGAAAGUGAAAUUACUAUUUUAAGUUCCGAAGAAUUUAAGAUAAAAUUGGAAAAUUUUGAAAAAAGCUUCAAGAAUUCAAAGUUUUCCAAGUUUCGGCCAUUAAAGAGUAGAUUUGAGGCUCUAAAGUCUUCAAAAAUUGACAAUUCAGAAUCAUCAGUCAGUUCCGACCCCAAACCAAACUCUGAUCUUGAAAAAUGUUCAUCCAAACCUAAUUCCUUGAGUUUUAUGAUCAGCGAGCUUAAGGACCUCACCCUUGACCUGAAAUCAUCCCAAUGUGGACUCAAGGAUCACUUAAAAGGUCAAAUUAAGGAAUCCACAACUUCAUCAUUAAAUGACAUAACCUUAAAAGUCAACGACAUUAAAUCCACAAGUUCACAGCUUCUUGAAUCACAAAUUUCUGCUUUUACUUACCUCAAAUUGAGUCAGACUGACUUAAAAGAAGCUAUCAGCAUCUUGCCAUCAAACAUUAUCGACUCCUUGAUCAAAAAUCUCAAAUCAUCUCAUGAUGACGCCAGAAUUUUGCAAUAUGAGAUCAAAGGAUCAGUCAGUGACAUGGAAUCAAGCCUCAGUGGACUCAAGACAUUCCAAAAUGAUGUCAAAGUUGCGCUGAUUAAGCUCAAGACGACUCAAAAUGAGAUAAAAAUUUCGAUUGAUGAGCUUAAAGUUGGAAACAGUGAAAAUUCUGAUGGAAGUUCAACAGUUUGUGGUGGAAAAUCUGGAAAUUUGGAGAGACUUGAAAGUCAAUUUGGAGACAUCAAAGCUGAAAAUGCUGAAAAUUUUAAAAAUAUUCAAAAGGAAUUGACCAACAAGCUUCAUAAAAUGUCAAUCAAUUUUGAUGAGAAAGUUAAAGGAAUUGAAAGCAGAAUUAUGAAGAAGAUUGAGGAAGUCUUGGAUGAAAAAUUGGGGAAACUAUUAAAUGCUAAGUUGUGAGUUAUGCCUUAGCCGAGGCGCGUAGCCAGGGGGGGGGGGGGGAAAUCCCCCAACGUAAACAGAAAUUUCUUUAUUUUGCUAGGGUUUUUAUGAAAAAAUCACAAAAUUCCCCUCAUUAAUUUUUUCGUACAAAAAAAAAUUGCCCCCCCCCCCUCUUCAAAUUCCUGGCUACGCCCCUGUCUAAUCCGGAUAAAGCUAGAAUUAAUCCAUUACGCAUUGCUUAAUGUAAUGAAUUCAAAAGUCUAAAAAAAAAAUAUAUUUUUUAAGCAUUAUUGUCUUUAUUGACUUUAGGGGGAGGGG